AUGGCGCAGAAACCGGACUACCUCCUCACGCGUGACUACCUCGAUAACAAUAGAGUCAACCUCCAUCAUUACCUCUCCGUGGAACUGUUCGGAUAUCACACCCAUCCAGACAUCCCCACGUCGGAUCCCAAUCUGAAAGUCGCAGACGUAGCGACAGGAACAGGGAUCUGGCUCACGGAUUUAGCCAGGCGGUUACCGCAAACGGUGCAACUUGACGGGAUUGACAUCACAUUUGAGGCUACCCCACCAGCCGAGUGGCUCCCCUCCAAUGUCCGCACUCUCGUGUGGGAUGUCAAAACGGAUCCCCCGGAGGAUCUGGUCGGUAUCUACGAUAUUGUCCAUAUUCGGCUCCUUACUUUGGUCCUACUAGAAGAGGAGGUGGACUCUGUUAUUGCGAGGGUUCUCAGGCUCCUCAAACCCGGUGGGUACUUGCAAUGGGACGAAGCGGAUAUGAACUCGUGGCAUAUUCUCAAGACCAACCCGAACAACCAGUCUGAUGCGUUGGAGACCCUUUUCAAGCUCAAUCAGGGGCAAGACAAGAGAUUGAGCCCAACUUAUGUUCCUAGCUUCGCAUCUCGUUUUGAAGCUGCUGGGUUUGAGAACGUCAAGUCCGAAGCCCGGGAUGCACCUCCACACCUUGCUCUUGCGCUGCAUGAAUGCAACAUGUUGAUCAACGAAAUCCUGCCGCGCAAGGCCAAGAAUGCAACCGUGCUGAAAAUGGUGCAGGAGCUCAUGCCUCGCUUUGAGAUGGAGACCCGCGAAGGCUCCUGUUGGGCCUUUACUCGAUGGAGUGUGGUGGGAAGAAAGCCCCUGUAG